AGGAGGAAGUCAGCUGGUACCUGAAGGUCCUGAUGACCCGAGUCAAUAAAACCUUCGACGUGAGGAGCUCAUCUGUGGCGUGAAGCAACAAUCUGUCAACUCGCUCAAAAGCUCAUACACACAAGCCACCAUCUUGUCUCUGCCACCGUUUUGUGCUCCUCGUCACCAUGCCUCUCCGCCACUGCUCCGUUGAGAUUAAGAACAACACAAACAACUACACUCUUUCAAAUCCAAGGGUGUUCACUGAGAGCGGAUUCUGUCAAGUCCCGUUGCCACCGAUGGUCGGUCCCUGCUCUGCCGUCAAGGCUCUGUUCAACAAGACCACGGGUACAGCAACUGGAGCUGUUGGCGUCUUCACCUAUGACCUUUUCAACGCCGACUUGAAUGAUUACAGCCACAUCAUGGCAGUCAUGUUCUCUGUGCCGUACGACAGAGUCCUUUAUUCCAACUGGUUGGCUGUGGGAAUCUUCGACAAAGGAAAAAAUUGUGACUACAACCUGUACGACCGCAUGUACAAGAGUAGUGGAAGUAACUUUGUGAGAGGAAAGGCCGACGGCUCCAGCAUCUUUUAUGAGGGUGACUACGUGAUUCUCAGUGCCUCCAUGACUGCAUCUGGUGAAGCCAUCCUGAAAGUGGAGGUCAACGAUACUGGCUUGUAUUAAAUCAAGAAGAGACAGAUCUGGCUGUUAGUGUAAACCAUAAUCUACAGUAAUCUUGUGAAUAGCUGCUGCUCAAAUGACAAAGUUGUAAGUAAACACGCCAAAGAAGCACAUUUUUGACUAUGCUUGUAUUAUUUUAAAAUUGUGGAGGGAAAUAGAGAUAAAAACUGCAUGUUCAAUGGCACUGUAUGUCAUCAUUCUGUCUUCUUCCAAUGUUGCAGCAGUAGUUCAUGAAACACCAGCACCAGCUUCUUUAUCUUGACCAUCAGAUUUUUCACUGCAAGCUUGAAGGUGGGAGUGAAGUGGAGAUAUGAUCUGUAAUUCUGGUGUAUGUAACAUUAAAUAUCACAAUCAACUGUUCAAUAGGAAAAUGUUCAAACAGGCUUAAGCUGAAGGCAGGAUUUCUGAUGUUCUGCCCCAUCUCUGCCUAAAAACCAUAAAGUGUCUUUCAUGGAAGUAAACUUUUUAUUUAAUCUUUUUUUAACCAAACAAGUCACACUGAGGUCACAAAUUUAUUUUUGUAAUGGAGGCCUGGGUCUGAUCAGCAUAAACAUGCAUAUUUUGGACGAAAAAUGGAAACUAGAGCAAACCCUCACAAACAUGAGGAGAAGAUGCAAAAUCUAUUCAUAAAGGCCCCAGGCCAAAACCGGGGCUUGAAUCCAGGACCAGGUUGAGUCUGGAUGGACAUCCGGCCUAAAACUAAUCUUUCAUGUGAGUUCACUCACUGUGGUGACCCCUGAAGAAGGGAGCGGCUGAAAGAAACUUACAUCAUUUUUAUUUAAGUACAUUUAUAGUCAUAAUUAUUUUGAUUUCCACAUCUGUUUCACCAUUUUCAUUAACACGUCAAUUCUGACUCCAUGAGAAUCAAGCUGCUGACACAAGCCGUCAUAAAACAGGCAAGAGCCAUUUUUCUGGCGAAUGACUGCAUUGGUGUAAUAAGGAAGUAGUAGCUGCACCAUCAGUCUGCAUUCGCAUUUCACUGCAGUUCCAAAAACAAACUUAAUCCAAUCAAAUUAAAUGAUGAUUAUUACAUUUGCAAAAGACGAACCUUAAACAAAAACUAUAAGAAAAAAAGAAA